AAGAGAGCAUGCGUAGUGAAGGCGGCGCGCCGUUGGGGCUGGCUUUGAAAGGGAGAAGGGGGCUGAAUUGCAACGUUUGAUUACAAUACACGGGAAUUAUUUAAUCAGCAAUACGCCCAGUACAAGGUGUAUAAACAUGGAUUUGAAUGCUGCCAAUUUGCAGACCCUCACGGAAUACCUGAGGAAGACUCUGGACCCAGAUCCUGCAGUCAGACGACCAGCUGAGAAGUUCCUGGAGUCAGUGGAAGGCAAUCAGAAUUACCCCAUACUGCUUCUAACGCUGCUUGAGAAAUCACAGGACAAUGUCAUUAGAGUUUGUGCAGCAGUGAUGUUUAAAAACUACAUCAAAAGAAACUGGAGAAUAGUGGAAGAUGAACCAAACAAAAUCUGUGAUAUUGACAGGACGGCUAUUAAAGCUAACAUCGUAAAUUUGAUGCUUAGUAGCCCAGAGCAGAUUCAGAAACAGUUGAGUGACGCUAUUAGUAUUAUUGGUCGUGAAGAUUUCCCUCUGAAGUGGCCAGAUCUUCUUACCGAGAUGGUAAACCGAUUUCAGAGUGGAGAUUUUCACAUCAUUAAUGGAGUGCUGCGGACAGCACAUUCGCUCUUUAAAAGAUAUCGACAUGAAUUCAAAUCAAAUGAGUUAUGGACGGAAAUUAAACUUGUCCUGGAUACCUUUGCCCAGCCAUUGACGGAACUUUUCAAGGCAACUAUUGAGCUUUGCCAGACCCAUGCCAGUGAUGUAAAUGCUUUGAAGAUUCUCUUCUCCUCGUUGACUCUCAUUGCCAAACUCUUCUACAGCUUGAACUUUCAGGACCUGCCUGAAUUCUUUGAAGAUAACAUGGAAACAUGGAUGACAAACUUUCACAAUUUACUCACCCUCGAUAACAAACUGCUGCAGACUGAUGAUGAGGAGGAGGCGGGCCUGCUUGAGUUGCUGAAAUCCCAGAUCUGUGACAACGCUGCCCUGUACGCUCAGAAAUAUGACGAGGAGUUCCAGCCCUACCUGCCUCGCUUCGUCACGGAUAUCUGGAACCUGCUGGUCACCACGGGGCAGGAGGUCAAGUACGACCUGCUGGUGAGCAAUGCCAUCCAGUUCCUGGCUUCAGUCUGUGAGAGACCUCACUAUAAACACUUGUUUGAAGAUCAGAAUACACUGACCAGCAUCUGCGAGAAAGUCAUUGUACCCAACAUGGAGUUCAGAACUGCUGAUGAGGAGGCAUUUGAAGAUAAUUCCGAAGAGUACAUCAGACGAGAUCUGGAGGGUUCAGAUAUUGACACAAGACGUAGAGCAGCCUGUGAUCUUGUAAGGGGGCUCUGCAAGUUUUUCGAAGGUCCAGUGACUGCCAUUUUCUCCGGCUAUGUUAACUCCAUGUUGACGGAGUAUGCCAAGAGCCCAGGCACCAACUGGAAGCACAAAGAUGCAGCCAUCUACCUGGUCACCUCACUUGCCUCCAAAGCACAGACUCAGAAGCAUGGAAUCACACAAGCCAAUGAGCUGGUGAACCUCACAGAAUUCUUUGUUAGUCACAUACUGCCUGAUCUGAAGUCUGCAAAUGUGAAUGAGUUUCCUGUACUGAAAGCUGAUGCUAUCAAAUACGUCAUGAUUUUUAGGAGUCAGCUUCCCAAAGAACAGCUCCUUGUGGCGAUUCCUCUUCUAAUUGCCCUUCUCCAGGCAGAAAGCAUUGUGGCUCAUACGUACGCAGCACAUGCCCUGGAGAGAAUCUUCACAAUGAGGGGUCCAAACAACACCACACUAAUCACAGCUGCAGAAAUGGCCCCGUUCACAGAGCAGCUUCUGCUCCACCUAUUCAAAGCUCUGUCCAUGCCGGGCUCUUCUGAAAAUGAGUACAUCAUGAAAGCUAUUAUGAGAAGCUUCUCCCUCCUUCAGGAAUCCAUUGUUCCCUACAUCCCUACCCUCAUCAGCCAGCUAACACAGAAACUUCUCUUGGUCAGCAAGAACCCCAGCAAGCCGCACUUUAACCAUUACCUGUUUGAGUCUCUGUGCCUGUCUGUGAGAAUAACCUGCAAAGCCAACCCAGCAACUGUGAGCAGCUUUGAGGAGGCGCUGUUCCCCGUGUUCACAGAGAUCCUGCAGAAUGAUGUGCAGGAGUUUGUUCCCUAUGUCUUCCAAGUGAUGUCCCUGCUGUUGGAGAUGCACACCACCAGCAUCCCUCCUGCCUACAUGGCGCUCUUCCCUCACCUCCUGCAGCCUGUUCUGUGGGAGCGCACAGGCAACAUCCCCCCACUGGUCAGGCUGCUGCAGGCAUACCUACAGAAAGGGGGCACCACCAUUGCCACUACAGCUGCCGAUAAGAUUCCUGGCUUGCUGGGAGUGUUCCAGAAGCUGAUUGCAUCUAAAGCGAAUGACCACCAAGGCUUCUAUCUGCUCAACAGCAUCAUCGAACACAUGCCACCAGAGUCUGUCAACCAGUACAAGAAGCAGAUCUUCAUUCUGCUGUUCCAGAGACUGCAGAGUUCGAAAACCACCAAGUUCAUCAAAAGUUUCCUGGUGUUUAUAAAUCUCCACACUGUCAAAUAUGGAGCUAUAGCAACACAAGAAAUCUUUGACAGCAUACAGCCCAAGAUGUUUGGCAUGGUGCUGGAGAAGAUUGUUAUCCCAGAGGUACAGAAAGUAUCGGGGCCAGUUGAAAAGAAGAUCUGUGCAGUGGGGAUUACUAAAAUACUGACCGAAUGUCCUUCCAUGAUGGAUACAGAUUAUACUAAACUCUGGUCCCCCUUGCUGCAAGCUCUGAUUGGCUUCUUUGAGCUUCCUGAAGAUGACAGUAUCCCAGAUGAUGAGCACUUCAUUGAUAUUGAAGAUACUCCUGGUUACCAGACUGCCUUCUCCCAGCUGGCCUUCGCUGGGAAGAAAGAACACGACCCAUUCGGUGACUCUGUCAGCAAUCCCAAGAUCCUCCUGGCACAGUCGCUGCACAAACUGUCUACAGCAUGCCCAGGAAGGGUACCAUCCAUGCUGAGCACCAGCUUGAAUGCCGAAGCACUGCAGUAUCUACAAGGUUACCUCCAAGCUGCAGCCAUACAGCUGGUCUAAAAACAAGCCACUUGAGCCAUUGCAGGCAUGCUGUCGGACAAGAGCUGAUCUGGAGGAGACCCGGCUCCAUUUGUAGAUUGACAAAUACUAUUGCUGUCAUGGUAAACAUCUGCAUAUACUUUAAUAGAACCAUUAGCUGUUUCACCAGAUGCUGGUCUUGUCAGCAAGCAGUACAAGUUAAAUAAACUGAUGUUCAAUCUUUUAGAAUUUUAACUCCUAUACCAAAAAGACAUUCUUAAAAAAAAAAAAAAAAAAAAAAGAUUGAAUUGGCUAAGUUUAAAAGAAAUGGUCUACGAAGUUUACAAAUGUGACUCUGAUGUGGAGGUUUUGUGGAAUUGGUUUGAAGCAGCUUGUAUUGUGAAGUUGACAUUUUAAAAGAAUGCUGAUGUGCUAGUGUUCAAAAAGCUCAUUUUGAAUAUAUUUUAACAGUGAUCUCUUUGGAAAGGGAAUGUAAGAGUUCAGUCCUGGCUGUCACUGUGAAGGAGUUAAAGAUUGAAAUGGAUGUCCCAUUUAGCCACAGGCCAUGCUGUGUCAAUUUGCACGUUCCUUUUCUUGCAGCUCCAUUGCAGUCAGUCGCCAAUUCAUUUGUUUUGCAGUGCACUCAUGCUAGUUCGGGAGUCUUUGUUUUGCUUUUGGGUAAAGCACUGGUUGUAGAGCAGUAAUGUGUAUCUAACUUGAACUGGCUUAUUUCCAUGGCAAUGCUUCUAAACUUUCUAUGUUACUAUUUAUGUUGACUACAUUUUUUCAGGGUUUUUUUGCUGUUUUUGAUCCAAAUCUGAAUAAAUAAAAAUCAUUUGUGUAAAAA